AUUUCUUACCUCGAUUAACUGCUUCUCGGUCACCUACUUUAACCGCCUCAUCUAGAAUCAAUCGAACUCGCCAAAAUCAUCAUGUUCAUCAACAUCCCGUUUAUCAGCUUAGUUGCCCUCGUCAGCUGUGCUUCCAUUCUCGGUGCUCCGGGUCAGGAUUCUAGUCGUUACACUCUUUCAAGACGACAAGCCACCCCAACGAACCCGAAUGGAAUGAAAAACGCGACCUCAGCAACUCCGACCAAGAUGAUGAUCCAAAUGACGACCACUGGCUCGCCGGCUCAGAUGACUCAACAACAGAAGGAAGCGCAGGAGGAAGCCGAAGAGAAGAUGCCCGGGUUGAACACGAUCUCCAACGCGAUGAACGAGCUAUACUUCCACGAGAAGUUUGGAAGCCAACGGAACGAGCCGAUGGUCUUAUUGAAGAUGGUCGGCCAAGCCGCCGGUGCUACCGGAAAGACGGGCGAUCCUGAGGCGGUCUCGAAAGCGAUCCUUGACACCUAUGCUCCCUACAAUCAAGGAAAGCCUUCUUCAAUCACUGGCUCGCCUAUUACCCCCUUGAACAAGAACAUGGCACCGAUGGAAGAAACUCCUUCCCUCAAGACCGUCGCCCAUUCUCUUCACGAAACUUGGGAGAAACUGAUGACUAUGACCCCCAAGCCCGACAAUGCCCUCCUCGUCCCCGUCUUCUGUCAGGCCAUCGCCGCUAGCUCGACAACUGGUGAUGCCGCUCAAGUCACUAAAGCCAUCGAUGCUGCUUAUGCUAAGAUUGCCGGAACUCAAUAAUCUCUUCCCCAACCAGCUCCUGUGCUUUGUUAAUCUUUUUUGUCUCUCACUAAUUCAUGGACCUUAUUUUAUUUUUCAUUUCUUUUGUCUUUCUCAGAAUGAGCUUGAUAAGCUCUUCACCUUUGUAGCCUUUUCACCCAUGUCAACUUGAUCACACCCAAUAACAAUGAUGAGAUGAUGCCUUUUGACAUGAACACAUCAAUUCCAAUGUCGACCAUAAUUGUUUUAAAUAAGACCUUCUUUG